AUGAAUGAUAUUUCCCAAAAGGCUGAGAUUCUGCUUUCUUCAUCUAAACCUGUCCCAAAAACCUAUGUGCCAAAACUUGGCAAGGGUGAUGUAAAGGAUAAGUUUGAAGCCAUGCAGAGAGCCAGGGAAGAAAGAAAUCAAAGGAGAUCUAGAGAUGAAAAGCAAAGAAGAAAAGAACAAUAUAUUAGAGAGAGAGAAUGGAACAGGAGAAAGCAGGAGAUUAAAGAAAUGCUUGCUUCUGAUGAUGAGGAAGAGGCAUCUUCUAAAGUAGAAAAGGCUUAUGUCCCAAAGCUAACAGGAACUGUUAAAGGUAGAUUUGCUGAAAUGGAGAAACAAAGACAAGAAGAACAAAGAAAGAGGACAGAGGAGGAACGAAGACGCAGAAUUGAGCAGGAUAUGUUAGAGAAGAGGAAGAUACAACGUGAAUUAGCAAAAAGGGCUGAGCAGGUAAAUGAAGAGGAGGAAAACCAAGACACAGAAAAAAUUUUAAAAGGGUACCGCCCUGGUAAACUCAAACUCAGCUUUGAAGAAAUAGAAAGACAAAGGAGAGAAGAUGAAAAAAAGAAAGCAGAAGAAGAAGCCAGAAGGAGAAUAGAGGAAGAAAAGAAGGCAUUUGCUGAAGCAAGGAGAAGCAUGGUAGUAGAUGAUGACUUCCCAGAGAUGUAUAAAACAAUUUCUCAAGAAUCUCUUACACCGGGAAAACUGGAAAUUAAUUUUGAAGAAUUAUUAAAACAAAAAAUGGAAGAAGAAAAACGACGAACGGAGGAAGAAAGGAAGCAUAAGCUAGAGAUGGAAAAACAGGAAUUUGAACAACUGAGACAAGAAAUGGGAGAGGAAGAGGAAGAACAUGAAACCUUUGAACUGAGUAGGGAAUAUGAAGAAUUAAUAAAAUUGAAAAGAAGUGGCUCUAUUCAAGCUAAAAAUUUAAAAAGCAAGUUUGAAAAAAUUGGACAACUGUCUGAAAAAGAAAUCCAGAAAAAGAUAGAAGAAGAACGAGCAAAAAGGAGAGCAAUUGACCUUGAAAUUAAAGAGCGAGAAGCAGAAAACUUUCAUGAGGAAGAAGAUGUUGAUGUCAAGCCUGCAAAAAAAAGUGAGGCUCCAUUUACUCAUAAAGUGAAUAUGAAAGCUAGAUUUGAACAAAUGGCUAAGGCAAGAGAAGAAGAGGAACAAAGAAGAAUUGAAGAACAAAAGUUACUACGCAUGCAGUUUGAACAAAAGGAAAUUGAUGCAGCACUACAAAAGAAAAGAGAAGAGGAGGAGGAAGAAGAAGGUGGUAGCAUCAUGAAUGGUUCCACUAUUGAAGAUGAGGAGCAAACGAGAUCAGGAGCUCCAUGGUUCAAGAGGCCUCUAAAAAACACAUCAGUUGUAGACAGUGAGCCAGUUAGAUUUACUGUUAAAGUAACAGGAGAACCCAAACCAGAAAUUACAUGGUGGUUUGAAGGAGAAAUACUGCAAGAUGGAGAAGACUAUCAAUAUAUUGAAAGAGGAGAAACUUACUGCCUUUAUUUACCAGAAACUUUCCCAGAAGAUGAAGGAGAAUAUAUGUGUAAAGCGGUCAACAACAAAGGCUCUGCAGCUAGUACCUGUAUUCUUACAAUUGAAAGUAAGAAUUAA